AUGGAAUUAGACAAGGAGCCUACGCAAGGAUAUAACUCAACUCUGUUGUACGGGGGUGCGAUGUCGGUAGAACUACCCAAAGGAUGGAAAAAUAUGAGCAACGUGAGGCCGAUUCCCGACAACCAAGAAGUCUUUGCUUCUGGCACGGGCUACGAUAUGAGCGUAAUUGUCGAACUCCUCGAACGCGUAGAGUCAGAUUCCGAAGCUAUGCAUGCAGCAGUGUUCAAGAUACCGCCUGGAGCGUCUACGGAAGACGUGGAUGCGCUGGCACUUCUCGCCCACAUUCACGACAUCUGCGACGCCAACAGGGAUCAAUUUGAAGUUGUAGACGGGCCAAAGUCAUCGCAUCCUACUGGCCGCACUCAGGAGGGCCCUACGUAUGUCUGCGAAGUGAAUAUUCUGUCGCAUUCGACCCGAAUUAAUCACUCCAAUGCGUUGCGAGAGCCUGAUCAAGUUACAAAAUGCUACACGUUUAUGGUUCGAUUGGUGCAGCAAGGCACGGAUAUGCUCGUUCAUGUCAAUCUUCCGAUCACCCUGCUCAAAUAUAACUCAGACCCAAGCGCUGUUCCUGACGCAGAACGUCAAGCGAAGGAUAUACUCGAGCACCUUAUGAAUACUCUGAACUUUAUCGAUUUCUCGAUGUUUGGCUAA